AUUAUGAAAAAGGUGUUGGUAACAGGAGGCACGGGACUGGUAGGCCAAGCCCUGCAAGAUAUUAUCAAAAAUGAACAACCAAACGACGAGGAAUGGUUCUUUGCCGGCUCCAAAGAUGCAGACCUAACGAAUCUGGUUGCCACGCAGGCACUCUUUGAGAAAGUGAAACCAACGCAUGUAAUACACUUGGCUGCCAUGGUCGGUGGACUGUUUCAUAAUAUGAACAACAAUCUAGACUUCUUGCGCAACAAUCUGCUGAUUAAUGAUCAUGUGCUGCAAACUGCACACGAGCUGGGCUGCACAAAAGUUGUCUCCUGCCUGUCCACAUGCAUAUUUCCGGACAAUACAAGUUAUCCCAUCGACGAGACGAUGGUGCACAAUGGACCACCGCAUGUGUCCAACUAUGGCUAUUCCUAUGCCAAGCGUCUGAUAGAUAUACAGAAUCAUGCUUAUCAUGAUAAAUAUGGUCAUUUGUAUACCUCUGUGAUACCUUGCAACAUAUUUGGCCCCCACGACAACUAUAAACCAGAUGUGAGCCAUGUCAUACCGGGCAUGAUCAAUCGCAUGCACAAGUUACGAACAGAGCAGCCAGAAAUUCCGGAGAGUGAGAAAGUCUUUACUGUUUACGGCAGUGGCAAACCUUUACGUCAGUUUAUAUACUCCCUGGAUUUGGCAAAGCUUAUGAUCUGGGUGCUGCGCCACUACAACAGCGUUGAGCCCAUAGUGCUAAGUGUCGAUGAAUCGGCAGAGGUGACAAUCUACGAAGUAGCAGAAGCUAUAGCAAAGGCCUUUAACUUUAAGGGCAAACUGAUCUGUGAUACGAGCAAGGCAGAUGGGCAAUACAAGAAGACCGCGUCCAAUGCAAAGCUACGCAGUCUCUUGCCAGACUUUAAGUUCACAGAUUUCGAGGAAGCUAUGCAAGCAUCUGUGCUCUGGUAUACGACAAACUAUGAUCAAGCUAGAAAUUAA